CACUCGAGCAGAGACUGAACACAUACACACACACACACACACACACACACACGGUGAAGAAAGAUUCAAAACACAUCGCUCACCAACAUUAUCACCUUCUAUUUCUCCUCUCUCUGGGAAUAAUUUCGGAUUUGCAGAAACAUGAUUCCUGAGGAACGCUGCGGCUCCAUCGAGAACAGGAUGCAGGCUGUGGGUCUGGCUCUGGAGGAGUUGCUGGUGACGGCUCAGAAACAAGACUGCCUGACCGUUGGCAUCUAUGAAUCAGCCAAACUUCUCAAUGCAGACCCGGACAGCGUGGUCCUGUGCGUCCUGGCCGCUGACGACGCGGACGACGUGGCGCUGCAGAUCCACUUCACCCUGCUGCAGUCCUUCUGCUGCGACAGUGGCCUCACCAUCCUGCGGGUCUCGGGAGUCCGGCGGCUCCAGCAGCUGCUGGGAGCCGCGGAUGCCAACAGAAACCAGGAAGAGCUCAGAGACCUCCACUGCAUGCUGGUUACGAACCCCCAGGCCGAUCACUGCAGGCUACAGGAGGUGGGGACCUACUGCCAGGAGAGCCGACGCCUGGACCAGUGGGUGCCCGAGCUGGUCCUGCAGGAGCGCUGAAGGGGGCCCGGCACCCACAUGCAUGAACAGAAAAAAAAACAAAACAAACGGGAGCUUUCUGGGUUCAGAUACUCAUGAAUCGUCGUUGCUCGUGCGGGGGGUCGCCUGGAGAGGACUGGACUGGACUGGACUGGGCCGAGCCGGGCCGUCCUGACUGGCGACCAGCAGGAACCAAAGGACUCAGUGACUUGAGAUUAACUCGUCGGAGCGGAGACUGGUUCACGAAAUCUGCUUUGUGCAAAAGACACAAAACAGAAAAUCAGAUUCCCACUGUCAGUAAUAAAAACAACAACCAGAUCCAAGCUUCUGUUUUGCGCUUCCGUUCGGGUGUGACCAUCAAUCAGAGGAGCGUUACACGAAACGCGCCCACACCCCAACCUGGAAUACCUGUGUGAUUUUCUACGGACCCCACAGGAAUGCUGCAAUGAAACUAUGCCCAACAUUCCUGCGUAUUCCGCCAUGGGAGAGUCCUUGGAGAGGAAGGUGUGUGUGAAUGCGUGGUAUGCGCGCACAAUGCACGCGUCUUUCUUUAGAAAAAAAAAAAAAGACUUUGGGCGUGCGGCGGCUGUGUGCAUUCUUUAAAGAAAAACAUGAGCAGCCGAUCCUGCGGAGGAAUCGUCGCCAUAGAAACGGAAAUGAAAAUGAUGUUUGAGUUUGGGUUUAUCGGCCCCCCAUCCAAAAAAUACACGAUGAUGACUUUGGGUCUGCAGAGUGAAGUGUGUCGACUGUAAAUUCUCACUGUGCUGCAACAAGAAGUCACAGUUCAUCGUCUCUGUGCCUUCAGGAGUGCUGCCUCUUUGAUAAAAUGCCACCAUGAGAUGUAAUUUAUUGACUGUGUGAGUUCAUUGUGUCGCUAUUUAUGGUCCAAUUUUUGUGCUCAAUAAAUUAUUGUAUUCAUAA